AUGGCAUACAAUUGUAAUAAUACAGUAUCGUAUCUAAUCCGCCGUACUGUACAGAAGUAUCAUACAUACAUACAGAAUACCCGCACCCAGCUAGGUACUCCGUACAGUACAGUAGCUUGCUUACCCCCGUCUUCUUCUCAAUUUUUUUCUCUUAUCAAAGCUACGAUCCUCAUCGGCCUCGUCUCCGAUAAGCUAGCCUUGCCAAGCUAUGAGGUCAUUGCCUUGCAUGCUGGCGUACUCCGUAUACAGUACUUGCUGGACAUUCCUGUGUAG